AUGUCGACGUCGUCGUCGACGCAGGAGGCGGAGCAGGACUGGAUGCCCAGCGACGAGGCCGCGGCGGCGUCGCCGCGAGCGCGGUCGUCGCCAUCGCGAUCUACGAGCGCCACGCGCGCGUCUGGCUCGGCACGUUCGCGGACGAGGCGGCGACCGCGCGCCUACGACGUGGCGGCGCUCCGCUUCCGCGGCCGCGGCGGCGCCGUCAACUUCCCCAGCCCCGCCGACGCGGCCGAGAUGGCGUUCCUCGCCGCGCGGCCCAAGGCCGAGGUCAUCGACAUGCUGCGGAAGCACACCUACGACGACGAGCUCCGGUAG